AUGCGAAUUGCUAUCGAUCGAGUAUUACCAGAGUGCCGUCAUUGCUACUGUAUGUGGCACAUCAUGACAAAGGUUAAUGAAAAGCUCGGUAGUGAAUUAGCUAAGGACAAUGUGUUUCGCAAGAAACUAAAUGCUAUCGUCUGGAACGAGACAAUCCACCGUGUGGAGUUUGAGGCCCAAUGGCAGCUACUAAUGGAUGAAUACAACCUAUCCACCCACCGGUGGUUUAGCAAAAUGUAUGCGGAACGGGAGAGUUGGAUCCCAGCUUUUUUUUCAGAUUUGCCCAUGAGUGGGUUGUUACGUACCACAUCACGGUCAGAAGCAGAGAAUGGCAUAUACGGUAAAUUCACACGCCCGCAUUCUAGUUUGGUAGAGUUCUUCAUGCAAUUCGAGAGCGUGUUGGGAACGCAGCGCUAUCGCCAAGAUAAAUUGAACGCAGAGUUUGAGGGAUACAUGCCAGAGUUUAAAACACCUUUAGCACUUGAGCGACAUAUUGCACAGGUGUACAUGAUCACUAUUUUUUAUGAGUUACGAAAAGAAAUAGAAGCUGCUUGUUUUUAUUGUUCUGUGGUCGGUGUACGACAAGAUGGGGGGGGCACUUAUUACGACAUUGAUAGUGAGUGCAACAUUAUUUCGACCGUGCACUACAAGGUAGGUGGUCUUGGAACGUCAUGUAGCUGCAACUUGUUCCGAAGAAUGCGCCUGGUCUGUCGACAUAUGUUUGUGGUUUUCCGGGGUGCUCAGUUGGAACAAUUACCGUCCGAAUACAUUGUGAGCCGUUAG